AUGGGCUGUGGAAGCAGCGCGGGAGCCGCUGAGAAAGCGGUGGCCCCGGCCCCCGGCUAUGACCGGGAGGCGUUGGACAAGAUUUCCAAGGAGUUCCCAGUGCGCUUGCCAGCCUUGCCUGGGGAUGUGAUCGUCAGCGGCAACCUCCCUGUGGAGGUGGUGACGCAGCUGGCGCGGCACUGCAAGGGCUGGCUCUACGUGAACGCAGAGACGGACCCCAACUUCCUGCCGGAGGCUAUCAAGGGCCAGGGCUCCGCGGUGCAGGUCUUGCCCUUCAAGCCCAGCAAGGACCUGGCAGCCAGUGAUGUGGAGGAAGUAGUCAGCACCAUCGAGAAGAUGCCGAGGCCGUUGAUGAUCCAGUGCACCACUGCCAACCGCGCAGCCAUUGCGUUGCUCCUGUGGAUGGCCGAGCAGUCUGGCUACAACCGCGGCUCUGCGGAGCUCCUGGUGAAGGACCUGGGCCUGGACACGGUGCGCCCGGAGGCGCAGCAGUGGCUCCAGUCCCGUCUGCCGGCGCUGGGGGAGGAGGUGAAGCCACUGGUGCCCCGCUGCCCCGAGGUCCGGCAGCUCUUCGAUGAAACCAGCUCCACCUUGACCUACCUGCUGACCUGCACCGAGACCUCCGAGGCCAUUUUGAUCGACCCGGUGCUGGAGCAGAAGACCAGAGACCUCAAGCUGCUUGAGGAGCUAGGCCUGAAGCUGAAAUAUGUGGUCAACACCCACUGCCAUGCAGACCACAUCACCUCUGGGAGUGUCAUUCGCCAGAGCAUGCCUGAGGUGAAGACCAUGAUCUCCAAAGCAUCCGGCGCCAGCGCGGACGUGCACAUCGCCCAUGGCGAUGUGAUCGAGUGCGGGCGCCUGCGGCUGGAGGUGCGCGCCACACCCGGGCACACCGACGGCUGCGUCAGCCUGCUGCUGCGCACGGGGACAGCGAGCUUCGUCUUCACCGGGGACACCCUGCUGAUCCGGGGCUGCGGAAGGACUGACUUCCAGCAGGGCGACGCUCGGCAGUUGUACAAGAACGUGCACGAGCAGAUCUUCAGCCUGCCGGGCAGCACCAUCGUGUGCCCUGGUCACGACUACAAGAACCGGUCCGUGUCCACGGUGGAGGAGGAGAGGCGCUUCAACCCCCGCCUGACCAAGCCGCUGGAUGAGUUCGUCGAGAUCAUGGAGAACCUGAACUUGCCCAACCCGAAGAAGAUGGAUGUUGCAGUGCCCGCUAACCUGAUGUGCGGGGUGCAAGACGACCCCUGGCAGUCUGCCUCCACGGAAGCCAAAGUCUGGUCGCCAGAGGACCUGGAAGUCGAGGAGCCCAGCGCGGUGAAGAUCGAAGCCCCGCGAGACGCGGAGCUUGCCGAGGCCGAGAUCGAGAUCAGUCUGCACGAUCAGAUCCUGGCCGGUGCCAAAGAUGCUUCCGGGAGGCCGGUGAAGACGAGGGUCAACGAGGCCACCGGCGGCCUGCUGGGGCCCUUCAACGCCUUCCUGCGCUCCCCGGGCCUGGGCAAAGACGUGGCCGGCCUGGCGGAGCGCCUGCGCUUCGGGGCCGCGGCGCCGCAGCGGCUGCUGGAGAUUUGCAUCCUGCGCACCGUGAAGAGCACCGGUGCGCAGUACGCGCUCUGGUCACAUGGGAAGCUGGCUCUGGCCGCAGGGGUGCCGGAGGAGGUGGUCCGCUGCCUCAGCGACGGUGGAGAUCCGCGGAAGGAGUGCGGCUCCUUGCUGCGCGAGGAGAACGCCGCUCUGGCGCUUUGCGAUGAGCUUUUGAAGCCGGGCAUGGCCGUCAGCGAGGAGACCUACGCUUCGGCCAAGGAGGCCCUGGGUGAGUGCUUCACUUUUGAGGUGGAAACCAUCAUCCUUGAGUUCGACGACUCCAGGUGGCGACCACUGUGGGCUUCUAUUUGCUGCUGA